AAUCCUCCUGAUGACAAAACCUUUGAAAGUUCAGAGUCUGGAAGGGAAACAAGCUGUGAGGAAACCUUCAGUGCAGAAAGAACUGCAGCUUCUUCAACUGGAACUCUGCAGCCAAAGGAUGUGGAUGAAUGUAGCUUCUGCUGUUCCAUCUGUCUGGAUCUGCUGAAGGAUCUGCUGACUAUUCCCUGUGGACACAGCUACUGCAUGAAGUGCCUUCAAGGAUUGUGGGAUGCAGAGGAGAAAGUCCACAGCUGUCCUCACUGCAGGAAGACCUUCACACCGAGGCCUGUUCUGGGGAAAAAUGUCAUGUUAGCAGCUUUAGUGGAGCAGCUGAAGAAGACCGGACUCCAAGCUGCUCCUGCUGGUCUCUGCUCUGCUGGACCUGAAGAUGUGGUCUGUGACGUCUGCACUGGAAGAAAACUGAAAGCCAUCAAGUCCUGCUUGAGCUGUCCGGCCUCUUUCUGUGAGGAAGACCUUCAGCCUCAGAGAGCAUCUGUUCUCUCUGCUCUGUGGAAGAACAUGAGGGACAUCCAACAGUCUCAGCUGCAGCAGAAAGGACUGAGAAGCAGAGAGAGCUGGAGGAGAGUCAGCAACAAAUCCAGCAGAGACUCCAGGACAGAGAGGAGGAGGUGA